AUGGAGACUGCUGGUUUUAUCUCUGUUUUUCUUGUCCUUCACGAGGAUGUUGCGCUGCCCCUAAAUGCGCAUUGGCAGUUUAGCUUCGUCGAUCAGGUUGACCGGCACGAGCUUGCAUGCAUCCGCGCAACCAACAUAGGUGAUUUCUCUAAAAGUGGUCAUGGCUGGGGUCACUAUCGUUUCAUCAAAAGAGAGGACCUCGAAAAGUCGGAGCAUCUCAAGAAUGAUUGUUUCACCAUCCGGUGCGACUUUAUCAUCACCCAAGCCGUUGAUACUUUCAUCGAGGUGCCGUCAUCCAACAUAUGCGACCAUCUGAACCAUCUUUUAGUGACGAAGCUCGGUGCCGAUGUGAAGUUCGAGGUUGGCAGCGAGACGUUCGACGCGCACCGGUGCGUGCUCGCGGCCCGUUCUGCCGUCUUCAGGGCUGAACUCUUCGGCCCCAUGAAGGAGGGAACCACGGCUGAUGCCAUACAAAUACAAGAUAUUGAACCCAAUGUAUUCAAGGCUUUGCUAGGUUUCAUCUACACUGACUCAAUGCCGAAGAUGGAUAUGGGAGGAGUAGCAGGAGAAGCCGGAGCUGAUGUUCUGUGGAUGGAACAAUUGCUUGUGGCGGCAGACAAGUAUGAUCUCCAACGACUAAAGUCGAUGUGUGAAGACAGGCUGUUGAAACACAUAAAUUUGAGCUCGGUGUCGGCCAUCCUUGGUGUAGCUGCGCAACACCAUUGCCACGAACUGAAAGAGGCCUGCCUGGAGUUACUCAAACUCCAGUCGGCUGACGGCUUACGAGAUGUCAUGGCGACCAGUGACUGGCAGCACAUAUCUACGACCGAUCCCUCCGUUCUGAACGAGCUGAUUACCAAGCUUGCCUUGAAAGCUAAUCCGUAG